AUGGCGGUUCCGAUCGAAAACCUUGGGCUGGAGAAUCUCCUUCAAGAGAGAGUGUAUGUAAAAUGGGUCGAUGAGGGUCAUUCUUAUACGCUGGGUUCUUGCUUAGCGGAUAAUAAAGAGAAUACCAAUUGUCUUAUGAAAGUGGUCUGCGAUUUAGAGAAACGCAUCCAUGUCUAUUUCUCCCUUAAGGUGACUCACAAGCAUACCGGCAAAAAUCGUUCAAUGGAGAUGUUAUUGGUUGUCCCGCCGCACGGUAACUUCGACUGCUACUCGAAAUCUCUUCCAAUAUCGGGGCUUGAUGAUUUGUCCUCCCAUGAUGCAUCUGCCCUCCACGAAGCUGGCAUAAGCAAUUUGGAGCAUAUCAUUGUCUUAUCAUUCGAUCUACAGUUUACAGGAUUUGUUGUCAGAAAGAAGAGGGAAUCUGCGACUAUUUUACCUUCCAACUCUACCUCGAGCACAUUGAUACAGAAAAUCAGAUCUUUAUCUGUUACGAAGAGCUUUCAAGUUUAUAUCAGACCUUCUGAUUACGCGCGUGCAAAUUUGAAAACGGUCGACGAGCGCUUGCGUGAUAAGAGCGUAUGGAUCUGCGAACCUCAAAUGCGAAGAAUAUACUCUCCACAAGGUUUUAUGCUAGUCGACUGGGCUCAGAUUAAACAUUCGGAACUCAAGGGCAAACUACUGCCACCACCACCGCAACCACCACCAUACACCAAACAUGACGCACAAAGGUCGACUGAAGUGCAGGUUCCUCGGUCACCGCCUGUCGCAGAUGUAUAUUCAAACAAAUGUGUUUUAAAUAAAGAUAUCGUACCGGCAACGCCGAGCCUCCUACCGGUGUGUCAUGGUAUUUUCUCACCCGACUGUGAAGAGCCGUUAGAUGUUGCAGACGACUUGGACCUUGACGAUAUUCACAAAGAUUCAGGACAUGUCGAAACAAAUCUUGAGCUGGACUCAGAUGAGGAAUACCUUGCCGCAUUGCAUGCUCAACGAUGUAGUCAACAAUUCAGACAAGAUACAAAUUCAGAGGCUCUUCGGUCAGAAUUCAGAGAGUGGUUAGAGGCAGCGAUAUCAAUAAAUGAGAAUGUUUACGAACACAGCAGGUUGACUAAAAAGUUUUUCGCUCUUGGCGAUAGUGUCCAUGCGUCCAACGCUGGAAUGUUUGACGCUAUUAGACCUUGGUGUUCUGCACUGUUCUUAUGCGACCCCACAGAUUCAAGUAGACUAACAGAUGAAUGGUUUGUCUCGGAUAUGACCGGGCUCAUAAAAUGGGUCAACAAAUUUCAUCGUGGCGCUGAGAUGUCUAUACUUAUGAACGACUUUCUAAAGCUUGGCAAUGCUGCUCGCAUGCGUAACAAGAUUGAGUACAAGCGCUACAAAACCGACUUUUUACUUCGUAUAUGGGUCGAAUUUGAAUGCUCAAGUAUUAGUAUCAACGGGCAGAGCAGAAAGGUCUUGUCCCGGAAAAGAAAUAUCUUGGGGUCUUGUAGUGAUGUUUCUAAACGAGCUAAGACAACUAUAUAA